AUGGUUAAUGAAUUUAGCUUAGAUAAAGAUAAGAACAAAGAUACAAUUAAGACAUGCUUAAACCAACUGAAGAAUAUGGAAAAUAUUGUUGUUUGGCGUACUGAGCAUGGUAUAUCAAGAUUAAAUCGUUAUAUAACCGAAACAUUAAACCUUACAGAUUUUAAUAUUGAUAAAUUUAGAACUAACUUACUUAAAGGGCAUUUUAAAUCAAUAAAAUCUGAUGCUUAUGAUAUUGUAGGUACACCUGUUCCUACAGACCAAGAAAAUAGUGAUGCUAUAGGUACAUAUGGUGCUACAAACGAAGGAAUGUGCACUAAAACUAUAAUAAUUGUGGCAGUAAUUAUGAUUAUUAUAGUGAUUGUUCUUAGUAUAAUAUUUGGGUUAUAUUUUAAUGAAACAAACAAAAUUAUGAAUAUUUUUAAUAUUAUGUAA